UGCACAAGGUAAUAUAUCAUUCUGUUCUCGUUCUGUUCUAUUUCCUAUCAUCUCUUGUUGUAAUCUAAAGAACAGUACAUGUUGUGAUUGACUGAGUCUGUGAUCAGUUAUGAUACUCUGAAUGUUGAAAUCUGAAAUGUUUAUUUAGGUGGUUUUAGUUUGAGCCACUGGAGGAGCAUCUGCUGUUUGUGGUACUGUGAGGUUCUCAGGGUCUGAUGGGACGUGUCAACAAGCUCUAAUAUUUAAUACAGGCCUCCAUAAAUCAUCAUAGCUUCUCCUGCAGUGUAGCAGAGCGAGGGGGGAGGCGGUGUUCCCACCCCUGUGUAGGUCAGAGCCAACUGCAGACUGGAGAACAGCCCAGAGCUUUAAACUGGGGAACCAGGCCCGGCAUGUUGUUCUGUCUCUGGACUCGGACGUGCUGCUGAGCUGAGCUGAGCUGAGCUAAUAGAGAGGCGGGUCCUGUGGGCAGAUAUGAUGGGAGGUUUGAGUAUGAGGCUGUUUCUGCUGAUGCUCCUCCCUCUGCUCCUCCUCACUGUCAGAGCGGAGCAGAAAACUCUGGACAUGUCUGCUAACGCUGUGGACGACGUCUUCUCAGGGUGUCGGGACAGGAUGCUGAGGGCUGUAACAGAACCAGGCGGGGUUCUGGAGAGGGAGAUCCGGGUUAGAGGGGAUUUCUCGGAGAUGUGGAGGGUUUCUGGAAGAACCUGUGAGAAGCAGAUUCACGGCGGGACUCAGCAUCACCUGUCUGCUCUGCACUCGUACGGGAACUCUGGAGUUAACUUCAGAAAGAAGUUCAACAGAAUGGUCCAGACCAAUGGCACCAACGCCACGACGUACUCGCAGUUUCCCUACAAAUCUCUCCACUUCCUGCUGACGGACGCCAUGCGGCUCCUGAACGACAGGAACGCCUCCUGCCGCCACGUCUACUUCGGCACCAACCUUCGAUAUUCAGCACAAACUGGGAAGGAGAUCCGCUUUGGGAGGUUCCUCCAUCCCAGAACCCAGAAGAGCUCUGAAAUAGAAGCAGCCGGGUCAGGUGAAGGUGAAGGAACGCUGUUUGACAUCACUUCCUGUUCGGUGGUGAACGUGGAGGACUACACAUGUUUUUCUGAUGAGGUAGAGCAGCUCAUAUCCCCGACUGAGGUCUUUACAGUGGAGAACGUCCAGCCUGUUAAAAGUGACGAUGGGGACUACAGAACUAUCACUUUAUCACAUUCACGCUUUCUCAGCAAUCACGACUGCUACCUGUUCCACAGUUCUGAUUCUUCUCCUGAUGGAUCCUCUGCUCCGUCGCUGACGCCCUGGAUCCUGGUUCUCCUGGGUCCCCUCCUUCUGGCUGGUCUCCUGACAGAACCCCUGCUCCAGAUCUGACUUAGAAUAAGUCGGCUUCUUUUCCAAACUUUCUUCAGUGUUCCAUUAAAAGCUACUCUGCAGAUUAGAGGAGCUGGGUUAGUGUAUUCAGGGCAGGUUUAAUAUACGCCUGAUUCAAACUGAACUGAGGAAACAUAGGAGAAGUGAAAAUAACAGGGGUUAAUAGACUACAAAGUCUUAAAAAAAGGCUUUUAAUGCAUCUCUAAAUGUCUUAAAAUGUUACAGACAAUAAAUACCACUUUGUUUUUAUUUUA